UGGCGAAGACUAUCGCCAGCUUGAGCCCUGAAAGUGAAAAACGCUGGAAACGACGAUGUCAACUGAAGCGAAGGUCGAGCUUCGGGAGCUCGGGAACACAGGCCUCAAAGUCAGCUGCGUUGGCUUCGGUGCCUCUCCUCUCGGCAACGUCUUCGGCCAAGUCCCUGAAGAAGAAGCCAUUGCUUCCGUCGGUGAAGCGUUGCAUCUCGGCAUCAAUUUCUUUGACACCUCUCCGUAUUAUGGAGGAACGUUGUCAGAGAAGGUCCUCGGGAACGCUCUGAAAGUUUUAGGGGUGCCGAGAAAUGAGUUUAUAGUGUCGACAAAGUGCGGACGCUACGUUGAGGGUUUCGAUUUCAGCGCAGAGAGAAUCACGAAGAGUAUCGACGAGAGCUUGGCCAGAUUGAAACUGGAUUAUGUGGAUAUACUGAACUGCCAUGAUAUCGAAUUUGGGUCUCUUGACCAGAUAGUAAACGAGACGAUCCCUGCACUUCAGAAAUUGAAGGAAGCAGGAAAGAUUCGCUUUAUUGGUAUAACCGGACUUCCAUUGGGUAUUUUCACUUACGUGCUUGAUCGAGUGCCUCCUGGUUCAGUCGACGUGAUUCUGUCCUAUUGCCACUACGGCAUUAAUGAUUCCACUCUUGAAGAUCUGCUUCCUUACUUGAAGAGCAAGGGGGUUGGUAUUAUCAGCGCUUCUCCACUUUCAAUGGGCCUUCUCACGGAGAACGGUCCGCCUGAAUGGCACCCAGCUUCGCCAGAACUCAAGUCUGCAUCCAAAGCUGUGGUAGCCCAUUGCAAGGCAAAAGGGAAGAAUAUUUCAAAGUUAGCUUUGCAGUACAGCUUGUCAAAUAAGGAAAUUUCUACUGUGCUGGUUGGCAUGAACUCCGUUAGACAGGUGAAGGAAAAUGUUGCUGCUGCUUUGGAACUCACUUCCGUUGGGAAGGAUGAGGGAACUAUUGGGGAGAUCCAAGGUAUUCUAGAACCUGUGAAGAAUCAGACAUGGCCCAGUGGUAUCCAACAGGGUUAAGUAUGCUUGUAUGAAUUUGCUGG